AUGAGCUAUCUACAUGCAUGCCUCCUCAGGAAAAGGAACAUGCUUACAGUAAGAAGUUUCACCAUCUUACUAUUAAGCUGCAUAGCCUUCAAGUUAGCUUGCUGCUUCUCUAGCAGCAUUUCUUCGUUGAAGGCGCUUCCCCUAGUAGGCCACUUGGAGUUUGAAGAUGUCCAUCACGCCUCCAAAGAUUUUGGAAACCGGUACCAAUUGCUUCCUUUGGCGGUCUUACAUCCCAAAUCUGCCAGCGACAUCGCCUCAGCAAUACGACACAUCUGGAUGAUGGGACCUCAUUCACAGCUGACGGUGGCGGCUAGAGGUCGUGGACAUUCACUCCAAGGCCAAGCACAAACAAGACAUGGAAUUGUUAUCCACAUGGAAUCACUCCAGCCCCGAAAGCUGCAGGUCCACAGUGUGGGUGCUUCUGCUCCAUACGUUGAUGUGUCCGGUGGCGAGCUGUGGAUAAACAUUUUGCAUGAGACCCUCAGGCACGGGCUUGCACCAAAGUCAUGGACGGAUUACCUGCAUUUAACUGUAGGUGGAACUCUGUCCAAUGCUGGAAUCAGCGGCCAGGCAUUCCGACAUGGACCACAAAUCAGCAAUGUUCAUCAACUGGAGGUUGUCACAGUGGAUGCAGGAAAAGGCGAGAUCUUAAACUGUUCAGAGAGGCACAACAGCGACUUAUUUCAUGGUGUUCUUGGUGGGUUGGGUCAGUUUGGCAUCAUAACAAGGGCGAGAAUAGCAUUGGAACCAGCACCAACCAUGGUUAAAUGGAUGAGGGUGUUGUACCUGGAUUUUUAUGCUUUUGCCAGGGACCAAGAGCGCCUGGUUUUGGGAGGAACCAAGUUUGAUUACAUCGAAGGGUUUGUGAUAAUAAACCGGACAGGGCUCCUCGACAACUGGAGGUUGUCCUUCACCCCGGAAGACCCUUUACAAGCCAGCCAAUUCAAAUCUGACGGCAGGACCCUCUACUGCCUGGAAGUGGCCAGGUACUUUAAGCUAGACGAUGACAAAGACGUGAUGAACCAGGUGAGAGAACAGACAGUCUAUAUGCACUUACAAAGCAUAAACAUUGCUGAUCGUAAUUUGUAA